AUGGCCUUAGUUCUUCCCAGUGAGCGGCGCAUUGACGGACUGGGGACCGGCGAUACGAGCCUGCUGCUGGACUUCCUCCCAACCGACGCAGCCGCCGACCUUUUGGCUGCUUUGGUGCCAAGCGCCGACUUCGAUGUUCGCCCAGAUGACGAGAUCCAAUGGCAAAAGAUGGAAUACUACGGAAUGCCAGUGCCACGCCUGGUGUGCAUCCAGGGCGAGCGGCAGGAGGAUGGCUCCAUGCCCGUCUACCGGCACCCAGUGGACGAGCAGCCGCCGAUCUUCGAGUUCACGCCCACGGUGCAGAGAGUGGUUGAAGCAGCCCGUGCUCAAUUUGGUGUCCCUUUCAACCACGCCCUCAUCCAGCUCUAUCGCUCUGGGGACGACAGCAUCAACGUGCAUUCCGACAAGACUCUGGACAUCGCGCACGGCACGCCUAUUCUGAAUGUCAGUCUCGGUGCAUCGCGCGAGUUCCUGAUCCGAUCGAAGGAGAAGGUGACCUGUGGGACCUGGGCGGCUCUUCGCCAGAGUGUGGUGCUGCCACACAACUCGGCCUUGGCCUUCGGCCUGGACACCAACCGCGUCUGCACGCACCAGAUCAUGCCUGACAGGAGACCCGACGGCCAGCGGCGCAGUGAUGAGACCGCCUUCGGUGGCGUCCGUGUCUCGCUUACGCUGCGUGUCGUGGCCACGUUCCAGCGGCCGGACGGCAGUCUUUACGGCCAGGGCGCUCGGCAGAAGACGGCGGUGGCGAAGGCCAGUUCGGCACCUGCGGCUUCGCCAGAGGAGGGCCAGCGUAUGGCCGAAGCCUUCAGGCGUGAGAACGUCGAUCCAUGCUUCGACUGGGCGGCGUACUACGGUGAAGGAUUCGACAUCCUCGCGCCCAGCUACACGCAACCCGCAAGGACCAUGAGCUCCUUCUCUGAAACACAGAUGAGCCUCGCCGACUUGCUGGCCUUCCUCUGGGAGCUUGUCGUCCUCGCACAUAAGACUGCCUUGGGUAUGCUCUGGGUGCAGACGACGCACCGGCCUGCGCUAGGCUUGCAGCUCGCGCUGGCAGUGUGCGCGAGCCACUUCACGCUGUCCCUGGCGGUGCAGCCCUACCGCCAUCAAGGGCUCAACGUGCUGGAAGCCUGCUUUGCUUUCCUCAACGUCCUUUGUGUCCUGAUGUCCAUGCAGAUGGAGUACUUCGGUAGCAAUCCCACCUUUGAGAACAUCGUCUUCGGACUGGUGUUUGCCUACGGCACCCUGGGCGUCGUCGUCUUCGUGGCAUGGUCCUUCUUCUUUGCCUGGGAGAAGACUUUCCAGGAGACGUACUACGUGAUGAUGUCCGGCGACUGCCUCGCCCAGAGCGGGAAAGAGUUCAGCGGAGAUGACUCUGUCAAGCCUGCAGCAGGCUCGAUGGCUGAGCUGCGUUCCAUUCCGAUGCUCACACGCGUCGUGCAGUCGUGUGACGAUCUGACUCCCUCGGAGCCACGGCAAGCGCGAUGGUGCUUCAACAUCAAAGCCCCGGAUGCCCUGCCAACAGCCCGGGCAAGGCACGGAACGACCCACGAGCGGUUGGAUCUGGCCUUGGAGCAGGCCAUGGCCGUCACUGUUCGCACCCCCGAGCUGCUCAUGAGGAUCCUAGAAGCGGAGGGCAGUGAGGUCAGCUUCGCUGGCUUCGCAAGCCUGGGCUUGCCAAGAGGCAUGGCACCUGGAUGCCUACGACGCGGUGGUGACCUCCGGGGCCGUAUCCGGGUCACGGUGCCUUGCGCGGAUCAGAAGCUACUGCGCACGACUUUGAGACAGCUUGGCGCCUUUAGCGCCCGCUGCAGCGAACAUCCACGGAGCGACGACGAUGAGGGCUCGAAGAGGAUCUCAACGGUAUCAAGCACCUCGGCGGGCGUGGACCCUGCAUCCUUCGAGGAAGCCACGAAGUCUCGCAUCUCGACCGCCUCGCGGCCGUCACGUGUGUCAAGGGUAUCGGCUUCCUGGCCGCCCCCAUCGGCCGAGUCUGCAUACGCUUUGGAGGCCUUGCCCCGGCCGGCGAAGAUCGCUGGCCGCUGGGUGCCCGCAGGCGCAGUGCUGGACCAGAUCCGGUAUGUGCCGCCAGGCACGAGUAUUGACGAAGCUCCGACAGAGUUCGCGGAGACCUUCCUCGCCCGGCUGAGCCGCAAGCGCUUCGGGAAGGGAGGCGUGCUGCGAGACAGCCGGGGCGAGCUCGUUCUUGAAUUCCAGCGUCCUGAUGAUCCGCUGGACCUGCACACAGAGCUCUGCGAGCUGCUGCUGAGUCGCAACGAGGUCCCUGGCGACCGCGCCGAGUCGACCCUCGAUUCGCCAACACAGCGAGCCACAAGGAUGUAA